CUCAAACCUUUCCACACUUGCUUUUAACUCUCCUCUAGAAAAGUUGGUGUUUUUCUUUCUCUGAGGACUCAAUAGCUUUUCCUUUUUUUUCCAUUCCUCUUAAAUCCAUGGACACAGCUCAGUGGGCACAGGGGAUUGGAGUGGUUAAACCUAUGGAAGGUUCAAAGCCUAAUCCUAUGUUGGAGAGAAAAGCAAGGCCUCAGAAAGAUCAAGCUUUGAACUGUCCAAGGUGCAAUUCAACAAACACUAAGUUCUGUUACUACAAUAACUAUAGCCUCUCUCAGCCAAGGUACUUUUGCAAGACUUGUAGAAGGUAUUGGACUGAAGGUGGUUCUUUAAGAAACGUUCCUGUUGGUGGUGGCUCAAGAAAGAACAAGAGAUCCACACCAUCAGCAACAACAUCAACUUCAUCCUCAGCUCCAAUAUCAACAAAGAAGCUUCCUGAUCUGACAACACAGAAUUUCCCUCAAUCUGCUUCUCAAAACCCAAAGAUCCAUCAAGGCCAAGAUCUUAACUUAGCAUAUCCACCAGCUGAGGACUACAACAGCAUAUCUAAAUUUAUUGAGGUUCCUUACAGCACUGAAGACAAGAAUCAUAUUAAUCACAACCUUCAAAACCCAAGUUCUUCUUCAACAUCUUCUCAUCAUCAGUUGUCUGCUAUGGAGCUUCUCAAAACUGGGAUUACUUCUUCAAGGGGUUUAAAUUCUUUCAUGCCCAUGUCGUUAUCGGAUUCAAGUACAAUGUAUAAUUCAUCUGGGUUUCCUUUGCAAGACUUUAAGCCUGGCCUUAACUUCAGUCUUGAGGGAUUUGAAAAUGGCUAUGGUGGUCUUCAGGGAAUUCAAGAGGGUGCUGGUGCAAGGAUCUUGUUUCCUGUGGAGGAUUUGAAGCAGCAGGUUCCAGGCACCACUGAGUUUGAACAGAAUAGAAAUCAAGGGGAUUCAACUGUGUAUUGGAAUGGCAUGUUAGGUGGAGGAUCAUGGUAGAUAUUGGAGAAGGAAAAUGAAAAAAAAAAAAGUAAAAAAAGACAAAGAAAAAGGUGAACAAAGGGGUUGGUGUUUUAGCUUUUGUUUUUGUUUUUAUUUUCUUUUUUCUUCGUCUGGGGAGUGGCUGUUUGGAUUUCUGGAGUGAUCAGAACCAUUUAAAAAAAAUAGGGUACAUGGCUUCUGUUUUUGGUUCUUUAAUCCAUUUCAAUUUUUGGCUUUUUCUAGCUUUCGGCUUUUGAUCCAGAAGAAUGUGGCUGCAAUCUUAAGCCAUCUUUCAUUUUAGGAUCUUCGCGCACGGUUUGCUUCUACCACAGCAAGGAGAGGAUUCACAUCAGUCAUCAAUACUAAUGUCAGGUACUAUGAGAGAUUCGUCGGUCAUACAUAAGCUGAGAUUUAAGUCACUAUGAUAGUUUUAGCUACUAAUUAAUUUUAAGGUUAAAACCACUUACUAUGCAGCAGGUUAGAGUACGCCUAGUAGCUAGUUUUAGUGUUGUUAUUUGUAAAUUGUAAACUUGGAUUUUUGGUUGGUUUUUUUACUUUUGAGUGAUUAUGUAUAUAGUAUUGGGACAUAAAGUAAGUUGGAAU